GUACCACCAUCAUCUUGAGAGGCUACACUCACUCUAGCUCGCGCUCUCUGCAUUUUCGCGGCCUUUGUGGCCCUCAUGGCGUCUGGCCUGUCGAAGGACGAGCAAGAGACCCUCCGUCUUCUGGUGCAACAUGUUUCGCGGGCGUUCUACGAACCCAGGUUCACUGUUGUCAUGGACCAGCUCGUCCGUCAUCCUGUUCUCAAAGAUGACGAUCUGGCCGGCCGGAUGGGCUUGCAGCUGAAGGAGCUGAACAAGAUUAUGGCGACGCUGGAGGUCCACAAGCUGGUUCGAAUAUACCGGCAGAACGAGCUCAAGGAGGGUGCGCAGCGCUCGGUCGGCCGGCAGUACUUCUACAUCGACUACCAGAACUUCUGCAACGUCGUGAAGUGGCGCAUGGCCGAGAUGCGGCGGGUCAUUGACCAGGGACUCCGGAAUGAACUCGACAGCAAGGGCUAUAUCUGCCCACAGUGCCACAAGUCCUUCCUGCCGCUCGAGGUCGAUCGUCUGUUCACCCCGGCGACGAUGACGUUCAACUGCGAUAUCUGCAGCGCGGAGCUGAUCGACAACGAGAAUGCGGAGAACGUGGUCGGAAGCCAGGACCGCAUGCAGCGCUUCAAUCGGCAGAUGCGCUUCAUCCUCGAGGGGCUGCGCAAGACGGAGGAUAUGGUGCUACCUGCCUUCGAUGUUGCACUCUGGAUUAAGAACCACCUCGCUGAGCAGGAGCGAGCCAAGGCAGCCUCACGAGACGGCGGCCUCAAAAUCGCUGGCGCCUCCGGGGAAGGCCGCCAGGGCGACACCAUCGGCGUCGUCCUGUCUGUGGACAAGGACGAGGAAACGGCCCGCCUCGAACGCGACCGUGAAGCCGCAGCGAAGCGCCAGCAGAACGCAUUGCCACUUUGGCACUUGCAGAGUACGAUCUCGGGCGAUCUGACUGCGUUGGGCAUCAAGGAGAGCGCGCGUGCGGACGUGUCGGACGCGAACCGUCUACCAAGCUCGAACGAUGCGAUACUGAGAGGGCUGGGUGCUGCCCAGGGCCCGCCGCCGAUUACGAACGGGGAGGACGUCAAGCCCAUAGUGGUGCAUGCGGACGAGACAGAUUAUUACGACCAAUACUAUGCUUCCUUGGCAGCGUCCGCGCCUCCCUCAGGGGAGCCAACGCCAGGGUUCAAUGGAUUUGGAGAGGAAGAGGACGUGAAGCCGACGGUUGAGUAUCUCGACUCGUUGAACGAGUACCGCAAACGGUCACGGUCUCGAGACGACGUUGGCACUGGGGCCGCCACGCCGAAAAUGUCGCGGGUGGACGACCAUGCGAGUGCUGCAGAGACGGAGUCAGCACUGUACACGAACGGUGUCGAGGCUGAGGCGCCGCCACAGACGAACGGCGUUGCCGUAGAAGAUGACCCUAUGGUAUAUGUGAACGGGGAGCCGGUGCCGCUUUCGCAGGUCACGGAGGAGCACCAGGAGGCGAUGACGACAGACGAGUACACGGCGUACUACGAGGUGCUGAGCGCGCAGUCGUAGUGGCGGUGCGUGUCGGAUCGGGGGUUUCAGGCGGAUGGCGAGAGGUGGGUGAUGUCGAAUGGACAUUUGCACGCUUGCACGUCGUGUGAUGUACCGUUAGUAUGAGUAUUGUAUCAUCAACUCGUGAAUAAUACAUGUGCCUGCUAAUGCAACAGAUUUACC